GACCAAAAAGAAAGAAAAAAAGUUGUUGUCUUUUGGUUUAGUCGAUUGGUUUGGCUUAUCAGACGAAACUUAAAAAGCCAAUAACCGGAAUAUAUGUUAAGUUAAGACGCUUUACUCGAUCGAAACAUUCAUAAAAAUCCUUUCUUCUCCGAUCUUCUGAACAAAGAUAGAUAGAUAAGAGUGAUGAUGGGAAUGAGCAAAACAGAGAUCAAUUUGCGGAGGUUGCUUUCCGCUGCUCCUAAUCAGCAAAAUCAAUCCAAGCUUAUGCAUUAUGUAGCUACACUGAGGGAACAAUUGGAACAGCUCUCUGAAGAGAAGACCCCUGACGGUCUUCCCAGAGUUACGAAGGCUAAGGUGAAUGAGUACUAUGAAAAGAUUGAUGCUGUUGCUUCCAAAAUAGCUGCUCAAGUCCCUGAAACAGAGAUAUCUGAUGAAACUUAUCCAAACGAUUCUUCUACCAGCGGAAGCUCUCCUAAAACUGAAGACGAGCCUCGAAGCCCCUCUUCUCCACAGCUCAGAAGAAGAAUCGUGUCUACAAGCUCCAAGGAGCAAAGUGUUGAUUCUGGUCCUUCAAAGGCAGUAAAACUAGACACUGCAGCUAAAGAACACAUUGAUAAACACAGAAAGCUUCAGGAGGAUCUCACUGAUGAAAUGGUGGGACUUGCGAGACAACUCAAGGAGCGUAGUCUGAUGAUAAGCCAAUCUGUGGAAAAUACAGAGAAGAUACUCGACUCUACGGAGGAGGCCAUUGAGCAGAGCUUAGCUAGCACGGGACACGCAAAUGUAAGGGCGUCAAAGAUAUAUUCAGAGAGUUCAAAGACAAGCUGCUUCCAGUGGCUAUUGAUCUUGGCCAUGCUCUGUGUCUUCAUUAUGGUUGUCUUGUUGAUCCGUGUCACAUAGAACAAACAUAUGCUUCCGCGUGUAAACCAAGAUUUUAAACAACAUUUCAGUUUCUUUAUUAUAAUAUAUACAGUUGUUAAAUUAAAAGAA